GCUAGACAUAAGUAAGUCCUCCAAUGGAAGGGUGCAAUAAGAGAGAAAUUUCCACUGCUCCCCAGCAUCUACCAUUUGAGAUGUCACCUGACUAUGCCUAAAGAGAAAAGUCAUGUGAGCUGAGAAGAGAAUGUGUGCAAGAGCUGCUGGAAUAACACCGUCCAACGGACUGAGCUGGCAGAGUGAGAGUGGGAGACAGAGAGUGUGAGGAAGACUGCUUGAUGCAAAGGUAAAAUAAAGGCUACAGGGACUGCUUCUGCUGCUGCAAAAGUAUGGAGCUCAUACUUGUGUGACCCAGCUGUUGUUCUUCUCUCCCAGGAGUGUAAACCACCCAGUCUCCAAGUUACAAAAGUGAAAUAGAGACAGGAAAGGAAGGGAUGCUGCUCAACAUAUGAGGAUUUCUCUUGGAGAGACCCUGCUUUUUCCCUGCUUCUUUUUAAACAGUGUCACCAGCUGCUUCUGCCUCCCUACUUGCAAUUUGCCUUUGCUCUUUGAGCUGGAGGUGGAAUCCUCCAUGGAACCCCCAGUAUACAUUUUCCGUGAAGAGCCAGGUUCCACCUGCUCCCCUGGACCAUGCUCACUUCCAACCACAAACAGCAACAGCAGACUUGUGGACUUGGCAGAUUAUGGCAACAAUAGUAGUAGCAUAUAUGAAGACUUGCAACAGAACCAUACCAACAUCUCCCCAGCUAUUCCCAUCAUAAUCACUGCAGUCUACUCAGUGGUCUUUGUGGUGGGCUUGGUUGGCAACUCUCUGGUGAUGUUUGUCAUCAUAAGGUACACAAAGAUGAAGACAGCAACCAACAUCUAUAUUUUUAAUUUGGCUCUGGCAGAUGCUCUCGUUACCACAACAAUGCCUUUCCAAAGUACUGAGUAUUUAAUGAACUCUUGGCCAUUUGGGGAUGUGCUCUGUAAAAUUGUCAUUUCAAUUGACUACUAUAACAUGUUUACCAGCAUAUUCACCCUGACCAUGAUGAGUGUUGAUCGAUACAUUGCUGUCUGUCACCCCGUGAAGGCACUAGACUUCCGUACUCCUCUGAAGGCAAAGAUAAUCAAUAUAUGUAUCUGGCUCUUAUCAUCAUCUGUUGGCAUAUCAGCCAUAGUCCUUGGAGGCACCAAGGUCAGAGAUGAUUUUCAGCUACUGAGGACAAGUGUUGUUACCAGUGGAAUGACACUCAGCUUUCCUUAG